AUGAUUCAGAGAGAGGUAUUUCAGCAAGAUGAUUCACUAAUGUGUGGAUUUAGGGGAGCUACAAAGGCAUUUUAUAUCUGUCUUACAGAUGUGGAAACUGAGGCUCAGACACUUUCAAUAACCCAAUAUGGUCACAAAACUGGGGAUGCUAAAGGAAAUAAAGCCGCGGUGAAAGAUGAACCACAGAGAAAAUCCUCAAGGUUAUUCACUAAAACUGCUCCUCCAAAGCCAGAGCCCAAGCCUAAAAAGGCCCCUGCAAAGAAGGGAGAGAAGGUACCCAAAGGGAAAAAGGAAAAACCUGAUGCUGGUAAGGAUGGGAAUGAUCCUGCAGAAAACAGAGAUGUCAAAACAGAUCAGGCACAGAAAGCUGAAAGUGCUGGAGAGGCCGAGUGA